CUUCAUUGUUUUGCACACAACCCGUCCCCCUGCACACUUGCAAGACUUGUUGUGAUUUUCCUAGACAUUUGUCUGGAGUCAAUCCUCGAACACAAAUCGAGCUGCUGCAGACAGAUCUGAGGUAAGGAGCUUUAGCUAAAGAAUACAGUGUAGUAUUACUGGAAUAUCAAAUGCUAUAUGCUAUAUGUUGGACAUGGGAAAUUUCAGCAAAUGAUCUUGUUCAAACAAAUGAAUAACUGUCAUUUUUUUUAGGUUUGUGGCAUCAUGAAAAGCGGCUUAAGUUUGCUGUUGUGUGUGGCAGCUCUGACUGCAUGGCAAGUCACUGCAGGUAAGACUAAAACACACCUGGCUCUGCAUCACAUGAUGGUUUAUUUGGAUUUGUGCUUUUCAUUUAAAGAGCUAAAGAUUAAUUUCUGUGUGGCACAAUAAUUUCUUUAUAUCUUAUCCACUACUAAACCAGAUAAAGCAGUUUUAUAUACAUGAUGUCCUGCAUGUCUGAGCUUCAUCUCUUUGUCCAUGACUCUUCUUAGUUGACUGAUAGGUACAUGUUUGGUGAUGGUACUCAUUGUUAUUUUUACAAAGAUUAUACCCAGUAUCUGCUUUAUAGGUAAAAAAAAACUGCAGCUUUGGUUUCUCAAACUUUUCUCUCUGUUAGUGCAGUGUUCCCUUCUGCAUAAUGUGCAUGAUGCAUUUUGCAUGCUUCAAAUAUGCUGUUUUUACCAAUAGAUAACACUAGAUGACCUGCUACAACAUAUUGACUAAAGGUUUAAUCUUAUUGUUGCAGCAGUUGCAGUAAGAAAUGACCUGAGCACUGUUGAUUUGAAUCAAAAACUUUCACUUUUAUGAAGACAUGAAGGUUUUCUGUGCAUUUGUGAAUUUGAUUUUACCAACAGUUUUUUUGACUGUUACGUAAUCCUUGCACAAGCUAAUCUGGCAGCAUUCCACUGUAAAUCUCCAGGAUUUUAGUCUGCACAGCAGCUUUGUUAACUGUUUCACAAUAUGCAGCUUUGUUUCCAGCUUUGUUUUUUGUGGGUGUAAGUUCAGGAAGUUAGUUUGAGGAUUUCUGCCAAACAUCCUGUGGUUUUACUCUUAUAAUAGACAAUUCUGCACCGGUUUAUAUAGAUCCAGCUCCAGGAUUCAGGAAGCUGCAUUCUUUAAAGCAUGAAACAGAAAGUCAGGCUGUAAAGAUUCAGGAGGUGGGGAAUGUUUCACCUGGGACACCAGAGAGUGUUUCCUGUCAAUGUGAAAACUUUUGGCUGAUUUCAAAACAUAACAAUAUAAUAAAGACCUCUGUGUGACUUCAAACCCUGCUGUAUUAUCUAUUGAAAUCAAGCUGCAACCUCCAGCUUCAAAAAAUAAAAUAAAAAAAGAAAGUACAAAAGUGCUUAAAACUGCAGUUCUAAGAGUGUCCACUAGAGGCGGGGUCUAAAACCCUGAGGCCACACAUACACACCCAUUCAAAAAAGCCAAUGUAUUUCUGUGUCAGCAGAUAUAAUCUUGCUUUUUUGGUCUCUCUCUCUCUCUGCUCACACUGUACAGGGGCAGAUAUGCAGAUAAUUCAUUAAACAAACACAGCUGACCUGACUCAAAGUCAGACACACUUAGGCUGUUAGCCAGGAGGCUAAAGGCCCCAACUCCACCCUUUUGCCUCUUGCUAGGUCAACAGAAAGUUAGGAUGAGUCAGCAUUUUCAAGAUGGCUGCCAUCAUCUGCUUCAGAAAAAAAAGACUGAAGUAAGCUCACCUCUACAUCCUACCUGAGCCCUCUGUGCAGGUUUAAACACUCUGGUCUUUUAAGAAUUACUGCAUUUUCUGGUUGGAUAUUUUCAUACUUCGUUUUAGUCACAUAUUAUUGCUGGUUGUCCAAAUUUGUUUUUUAACAAGUUUUCAGGUGGUGACAGAAACUGAAGAAAGGGAGACAUUAUAAAAUCAAAAUUUUGCUUAUUAUCUCAAACAACAAGCCCCUUUAACAUUAAACCUAGGCUGUAUAUUUAUCAGAUAUUUUUAGAUCAAUUCUCCUUGGUGUAAAUGAAAAUGUCAGAGCUUUCUUUAUAGCUUUCUUAGUAUUGACAAUGGCUUUUUAGAUAUUCAUAACAUUAUUCUUACUCGUUUCAAUAGUGUCAUCUCUGCCAUUCAUGUGUAAUUGGGCUCUCAGUGUCAGAUAUCUAUAACUUAAGUUUUAGCAUCCAGAAUGAACAUUAGCCGAAUCCUUUCAGGGAAAAAAUUCCCAUUUUAGAUAACUAUAAUCCAAUUUUUACAAGUCCUAAUUUUGAAUUCACAUUUUCAAAAUGGAGAAUCAAUUCAGAUAAGUAUAAUGUUAUGUUGAAUAUUCAAAAUAUAUUUCUAGUAGUUGGUAACACUAUAACAGGAGGUUUUCUGAGGAAUUAUAGAUUUGAAGAACGACAUCAAGCAUAAAUUGUUGUGGACAUCUUUAAAAGCCAAUACAAUAAAGUUUUGAUCAGAAGAAAUAUCCUGAAUAUUUUUCAGAUCCAUUAUGGAGCUAAAGAAUAUUAUUCCUGAUGGAAGUGCGUUAAAUUUGCCACCUGACAACAGUACAUUGGUAUUUUUGCUCAAACCACCCAUUAGUGCAGCUGGCUCACAGUGAACAUGUGAAAAGUCUGCUUAUAUAAGAUGAGCGUGCACCGGUAGAUCAUGCAGGUAAUCCAUUUAAGAGCAAAGUACAGACCUAUUUCAGACCUGAAAGGUAGACUAACAGAUGUUUACUGGUAUUAUGUUUGGGUGUUUGAUUAAUGAUUGCUGUAAAGAUGUAAAAGAGUUUCAACAACAUGACAAAGCCAGUCCUUCAGUUGUAAAUUGCCUACUCAAGCUUUAAGUAAUCCUUGAGCCAAUGGGAUUCUUCCUUCAGAGUAGCCCAGCCCCUGCUGACUGUCUGCAGAGCUAAAGCUCAGCGGGCUCUGGCUGACCCAUGAGACCGGGGUCACGCUCCCAAAUCAUUCGUCUCAUAGACUCUUCCCCUCCGUUCGCCUGCUGGAGCCCUCGCCAAACACAGAGGGGGCGCCGUCCACUGUGGCAGCAUCCCAUUUCUCACCAGUGGAGGGGCCGCCGCCGUGCUGAGGCCCAGAAAGCACUGUGAUAAAUCAAUUAAUCGUAGAGGGGAGGGGGCUCCGCGGGCAGGCCGUGAACUGACAGGCAUCUCCGCACAUCGUAGCUCCUGCCAUCCUCUCUGGAGGGGGCUGAUGGGGUGUCACAGGCUUUAUAUGACCCCGCUUGGGCCCGCUUUUGUAAACACAUGCUAUUAUAAUGAACUUGCACCCCUGGCACCUCCGCUCAUCCCCUUCUCUCUUCUCUGACCGACCCUGGCAGGGCAUGUUAGGGCCUGCUGGACACGCUGGGAAAGCUAUUGGUCACAGCUCUGUCAAAAAGAAAGAAAACAGCUCUGAGUAUCAGGGGUAAUGUCGGGGGAGGCGGGGGAGUCAUCGUGAUGGACACGGGCUGAAGGUCAAGAGCAACCCUAAACUGUAGAAAUGAUGUAUGCAGGCAGUAAAAAGUCACCCGAUACUUUGAUUACAAAGUUUGGCAUGUUUGCCAGGAAUGACCAUAUUUGGAUAAGUGGGUGGGACUAGAUAUAAACAAGAGAUUGAAACUUAAACAGUCUAAGCUUGUGGUCCAUUUUAUAACUAUAAAAUAAGCUUCUUAUUAACAGUGUUUCACAGGACGAGAUUGUGUUUUGUGUUUUGUCCACUCUGGCUGUUAAUCUUUUGACUAUUUUGCCUUAUGAAGUGUAUUCAAGUGUAAUUGUUUAUAAUACGUAUAGUUUAAAUGUGUUGAUGAAUCUAUACUGUUUUUGGUUAUCAUACAGUUUAACAAAGAUUCAAAGCAAAAAUGGGAGAAACUGCAGUAAAGACUGAGGGGAGAAUUUCUGAGCGUUAUCCGUGUGAAUGUAGGAAUGUGCAGAAAGAGCAGUAAAAUAAAGUUCACAGAUAUGACACAUGAACAUUCAGGCCUAAUAUAAUAACUAUAAACAAUAACCACAAGCUCUGUGGGGUUUAAACCACUUUGAGAGGCAGUCUCAAGUGACCACUGGUGGAGCUGCAGUAUUUUGGCACUUGCAUAUUUCAGCCCAGGAAGUUGCAUCUUGGGUGAAGCCCAUCUUUAAGGAGGGUCUCUACUUUGAUCCCCUCCACGGGGCCCAGUUUAUACAGCUCAAAACUGUCCCCUCAGACUGAAGCCCCUUUUCUUCCAGGUCUCCUGAAAAACAAGCAGCAACAACGCUGCCAUUGUCCUCCACUGGCUGUUCGGCUUAUUUACUGCCGUUGGGUAGAGAAAAACACACGGAGGGAUUCAAAGAAACAAAAUGCUUCAUUAGGUUUCAGGGGCGAUCUGCACAUAAGCCUGUAGACAUGAAACCAAAGCGGGAAUCAGCCAAAGAACUGGCUCAGACUAAAUCCCCUCUCAUCUGUGCUGAUACUCAUGCUUGAUUAUGUUCUCUCUCUUCAUUACAAAACCCAGGAUUUAUUGUGCUGCCUGUGUUUUUCUUUCUAGAUGUCAAGGAGUUAUCCAUCACCACCAUAAAGGUAUUCUCUCUUUGUGUUUAUAGAGUCAGGAGCCAAGGUGGCAGCGGCCUCCAGCAGCUGUGAGACCAAAUCACUGUGACUAAAUCAGCUCUUUGUGAAGAAAGGGGACUUGUUUUUGAACCAGUCAGGCCAUUAUUUCUAUUCAUAAUAAGAUGUUAUUACUGUUUAACACACAGCGCCGUUGAAAUUUCAGAUUCUGAUCAGAAAACAUGAUGCGGAAAAGAACACUGACAAACAUUUUUGUGACUCCUAUGGCCUGUUACGUGCACACUGCUGGGAUUUAUUGAAACAUCUCAAGUGCGCUCAGUUUUACCUCAGUUGGCCUGAAGUCACUCCAAGUAAGGAGCAUUUAAUUCAGGACCACAAUCUUAAGACUUGUUGUUUUUGUCACUGAAUUCUGCUGAGAUGAAUAAGAUCCAGUUUGGACAAAAGCGACUUGUUCCUGACACAAAUCAAAUGUCCUUUAGAUUGUAUCACAAAUAAUCAGCUGCAUUUGAAACCUAGAAGGAUAAACUUUGCAGAUUUAGCAGUUGUAUUUAAAAUUUAUGUCCCUUUCAUCAGCGCAGUUCUUUAUAUUCUUCACAGGAGGACCCGUACACAAUGAGGAGAGACUCCGAGUUCGAGGGUUAUUGCAUCGACUUGAUCUCUGAGCUCUCCAAGAAACUCGGCUUCAAGUACAAAGUUCAUCUGGUGAAGGACAACCGCUACGGAGCUAUGGACGCCAGUGGGAACUGGAACGGCAUGAUCGGAGAAGUUGUUAGAGGGGUAUGUUUAAAAUGACUUUUUAGAGAUGGAGUUUUCCAAACAUGAUCAAUAUAUGUAGUAUAUCAUGAACCCAGUUGUCAUCAUUUCAAGUUGGAAAAAAAAACUUUCAGGUGACUUUUAAUUUAAUCUGUGAAUAUUGUUUUAUAAUUACCUGAUGCUGAGUUCUCAUAACAGGUUAUCAGAGUUUAUAAUAAUGCAGUUAAGGUGUAAAAUAUUUAAAGAGGAGAGAAGCAGAAGUAACGAGGGUCAGUCAUUGUCAUGCUGUGAAUCUUAGUCUGUCCUGCAUCACCGUGUCCAUUUCACAGUUCAGUUUAAUACAUGAAGUUAAAAAUUUUACUUGCAAGUUACAAAAGUGGAUCAUGAUAUCUUUCUUUGACGGCUUCAUUAUCAGUUUAUAUUAUUACACAUUUUUAGUAUUGAUUUUUUAUUUAUUGUGUAAUGUUGCGAUCUUUGUGUUUUUGGUUGAUAAUGUAACUUAAGGCUUCUCUUUGGAUAAAAACGCUUUUUAAAAGUAGAAUUAAAUACAUUUUUAUAACUAUAUCCACACAUUUAAACUUCACUCUUUGGAGCAAUCAUAUUGUAAGCAGUAUUUAUUGUGUGAGUGGAUAGAAAAUGUACAAAUUUAAACAGAAUCAAACGUUUCUGUAAGAGGGGCACCACCCCUUUUAAUCUAUGUAUGUCUCUCUGGUCAUCAGGAUGCAGACCUGGCCGUGGCCCCCCUGACCCUCACAGCGGUCAGAGAGCAGUUUGUGGACAUGACCACGCCCUUCAUGCAGACAGGGAUCAGCUUCAUCCUGAGAAGAGACGCGGCCUCAGAGUACAGCAGCUUCAGCCUGCUGUCGCCUUUUUCCUCCGACAUGUGGGCCGGAAUCCUCAUCGCUUUCCUGCUCACAGGGGUCUGCAUGUUCCUGGUGGGCAGGUCAGUUCAGGCUCCAAAAACUACAAGAGGAUCUAUGUCUGAUGGUAUUAGUGCUAAUUGGAAAUAGGGCUGCAGAUAUCAGUGCACAGAGGGGAGGUCACAGGUGACAUUUCUGGCAAUAAAGGGAUAACAACUAUUCAGAAAAGCUAUUUUAUUUCAAACACAAGAUGUGUUGUGUUUCUCCAAGAUUUUUGUUCAUUGUUUAAGGUUUAUUUGCAGAUUAAUCAAAUUAAAAAUGUAGAGAGAAAGCUCUCUUUUUUUCCUACAGCUACCUGCUAUUUCAUCCUGAACACUCUUUGUAUUUCAAACCAAAUUUGUGAGAUACACAUCAGCAUACACUGCAAAAGGUCUUUUGCUUAUUCUUGAUCAAAAAUGACUCAUUAGACCCAAUAUAGACCAAAUGCAUCUGACAAAUCCAUCUUAACAUCUUUUUUCCGAGCCAAAUAUCAUGAAAAAUUUGAGUGGCAAGUUUCUUGAGGAAAUCCACAAGUAUAUUUCAUACCCUGUUUGCAGAUUUAUGAACUUGUCACAAAAAGGGGGGUCUGAUUGUGAGUUUACCAUAACUUAAAAGAUGUUACCUGGCAAAUAUGGCUCACACUGCAUCUUAUAUGUCAUUUUCCUGUCAGCAAAUCGGACAGAAACACCUGCUUAGUUUUGUGGUAUAAACUGGGAACAGCAUGAUACAUGUAAUAGACUGUGGAUCAGGGUCAUGGGGUCUAGAUUUAGUCAGAGGAUGCUGAAGAGACCGGAUCCAAAUGCCACAUUUUAAGGAGGAGAGGUCAAGGCCAGGAGUGGAAUCAUCAAAAACCAUCAAGAGUCCAUGUUUUCAGUAAUGGGGCCUUUUUUUUCUGUCUCUGAAGGAUCAGCCCCUCUGAGUGGUCAGAGCCGGACAAAGAGCAGCAGAACUUCACUCUUCUGCACAGCUUCUGGUACAUCACAGGAGCUCUGACUCUGCAAGGUAACAGGACACAACGCAACAGCAGAGUCAAAGAGAGACUCACUGCUGCACCGUGCAUUCACAGAAUAACUCUCCUGCAUUGCAUGGUUGUCAUGAGGCAACAGAAGUGACACUUACGUUAAUACAUCAAUUGAAUAAAACUGAAAACAAACAGAAAAACUCUCAAUCAAUGACAUGAAAGAAGUGAAGAAACAUGUUUUGAAAUUAAAACAGUGAAAUAAAAGUAAAAUAAAUAAUGAAAUAUUGUCAUAGUUCAUACUGAUGAUAUCAUUCACAGUUUAUAAUCUUCACCAUUUCUCUGCUUCUUGGAAUUUAAACUGAGCAAACAUUUACAGCUGUAAUACACAGUCACUUUGCCCUCUGUCUCCUCCCAGGUGCUGGUCCUCAUCCUAAAGCUCUAUCCGGACGUAUACUCAGCGCCAUCUGGUGGAUCUUUGCUGUUAUGCUGCUGGCCUGCUACUUUGGCAACUUAAACUCUAUACUGCACUCAAAUCACAACCACGUUUCCAUCGAGACCUUUGAGGACCUGGCAAACCAGGAUGUGAUUGAAUACGGCACAGUAGAGGGUGGAUCUACCAUGAGCUUCUUUAAGGUACUUUGAGAUGAUAAUAAAAAUGACAGUGUUUGGAUCUGCUCUGUAACGUCUCUGUAAAGUCUCAGGUAGGUUUAUUCAGCUGGACUGAAAGCUUAUUUGUCCUUCUUGUCUUUCUCAGUAUUCAAACAACCCGCUGUACAGACGACUCUACCAGAAUAUGGAGCGUAAGAAGAGUUUUGUGUCCACAAUGGAGGAGGGGGUCCGUCGUGCCCAGGAGGGGAACUUUGCCUUCAUCGGUGAGGCCGUGUCUCUGGACCUGGCUGUGGCUCGGUACUGUAAACUGAUUCGCUCUGAGGGUAUCAUCUCCAUGAGAGCAUACGCCAUCGCUGCGCCUCUGGGUGAGUUGAGCUGACCCCUCAGGGGUCUAGUAGUCUUGGAAUCCAGAGUGUGUUCACAUGCUAAUAAUCACGAGCAGGGUUUGAUAUCAUAAAAGUGCUCAUCUGUGUUUUUCAAAUCCGUUCUUAGGCAAACGUUGAUCUUUACGUUUUUUAUUUUGAUUGAAAUAUUUGACCAUCCUAUUAAAAUUGUAUUAAUAAAGAUACAUUCAGUGUCAUCUUUAUCUUUUGUUGGUUAAAACACUUGACCACAGAGCAGUGCUUAAGAUUUUUAGUGUCUGCACACAGAGUUAACUUGAACAAAGUGGAGGCUGGUUUUAAAAUUGACUGUAUAAGGUUCAAACGUCUCUUGACAUCUUCACACAGCAACAGCAGACAGAUGCAUUUGUUAAUCAGCUUUAAGUUAAGUCAGUGUAUCAAGUAGAAAGAUGUAUGUUUAUAGACAUGGUCCCUUUCAAAACAGAAUGGAUAAAUGAAUGAACAAUUAAGUAUUUAGAUCAGAUUCCAGACUGAAACGCUCCCUUGCUCACCCCUCCUGUCAGUAAAAGGACCAUGGCCUUCAAUGACAAAAAGCUCCUAUAAUACAUGAGAAGAAUGACCCACAACUAUCAAAUUUUUACCAUUCAUAUGAAUACUACCCACUGAUUGUGAAAAAUGUAUAUUACCGGUAUAUGUGUUCUGUGCCUCUGCAAUAUGGUGUCCAAGUGCGCUCUGAUAAAUGGGGUUAAAAACUGCACACUUUAACUUGCUGAACAAUUCCCCUCCUUGGGCUCUGGUUUGUUUUUAAAGCCCUGAAGAAUCAAUAAUAAUGUGAUUUUCUCACUGUGAAAUAAUUGCUAAAAGCUUCACAGUUUACUCAUCUCAACAGAUCAUUAAACAACACAGAUGAAAAACGUGGACAAAAAUUAACAGUGAAUGAGAUAAUGUUGGGAAAGAAAUUGCUGCUCUUUUCUUCAAACUGUGUGACACCCAAAUGGCCUCUGGAACAGAGUUUCUACAGUAUUUGAAUGGAUCAACUACAUAGACCUAACUACAUAGAUCUUUAAAGUCAAUUUAAAUUCUUUUACCUUAAAUGUUUAUCUCAGAGCAUCUUCAGUCUGGGUUAUAACUCCUAUUUCUGUUUUUGCUCCUCCAGGUUCCCCUUUGGUUAAAAACCUGACCAUCGCCAUCCUGCAGCUCAGUGAGUCCGGCGAGCUGACCUACCUGCGCAAUAAAUGGUGGGCCAGCAGCUGUGCUGGCGCCGACGGCACCCUUGCAUCUGAGGCCCUGCACACCAGCGACCUGCGGGGCCUCUUCCUCCUUCUGGGCCUGGGGCUGACUGUGGGGCUCCUCCUGGCCCUGCUGGAGCUCCUCUCCAAGGCUCGAAACCAGGCCAAAGAUGGCAAAGUAUGAAACCUGUCUGCAUCAGCGUCUGUGUCUAACAGGGCUGUUGUUUUCUGAAACUUCUCUUCUUACGUCUCUUUCAGAAGUCGUGCUGCUCCGUCCUGACAUCAGAGCUGAACCGGAGGUUUGGCAGCAGAGGAGAAAGCACAGAGGGAGACGGCUCGGACAGAAACAAAGCCUGAAGUCAAAGUUUAGGACUUAGCUGUUGAUAAAAGGAGAGGUUUAGAUCCUCAGCCCAGCUUCAUAGAACACAGUAGCUCUUAAUGUGUCUGUAGCUGAAGCAGUUUGUUUCCUCAUUGUUCAGGCUGUUUUUUUUAUGAUCUAAUGAAAAUAUAAACAUAAGCUAGCCCCUCCAGCAUAUUCAGCAUCAAUCAAAGAGAAAUAGAGCUACAAAUGCAUUCAUUAAUCUUUCUAGUUCAUUCCUCAGUGUAGCUGUUGCUGUGAGAUAUCCAUAUCACAUCCUCCUACUAACUCUCCCUCUGUUUAUUUCUUCUUGGACUGUAAUACUUUUGAAACUGUUUCAAUUUGUUGUUUAUUCCAAAUAAAGAUCCUUCCACCCCCGACUUGCUCCUUCUCCAAAGUUUAUAUCACAGCAGACUGGACAUAUAGUUUAUAGUUUGGAGUACAUCAUCUGUAGAAAAAAAGACAUCAUAAGGACAUUUACAGUGAAAACUCACUCAUUCAACUCUUCCUCUUAAACACAAAGUGAAAUAUUAACUUACUGACUCAGAGUGUCUGGAAUAAAACUACAAUCUGAAACUUUAAUAUCAACAUUUUUAGGCUUGAGAAAAUAUUAUCUUUAAAUGUAGAAUUUCUGAUCAACCCUGUCUGUAUAAUCUGAGGAAAUAUAUUUUAUUGGAUUUUAAAAUGAUAUUCAAAAGUCUAUAUAAACGUCAAUCCC